GAGAUAUCGAGCAAUCUAAAAUUUUGUGUUUGUGUUUGCCCACACACCAACAGAUGGCGACUUUGAAUUCUACGUAACGCUGGUUGCCAGGUUUACGAUUCUUCUAGUUGGAAAAAUUGGAACAGGAUGGUUGCUGGAACACUAUAUACCUAUCCUGAUAACUUUCGUGCCGCAAAGGCAUUGAUCGCCGCCCAAUAUUCCGAUGCCAACAUCAAAGUAGAUCCUAACUUCGUGUUCGGUGAAACAAACAAAACCAAAGAAUUUCAGCAGAAAUUCUCAUGGGGCAAGGUUCCAGCCUUUGAAUCAAGUGAUGGAAAAACUUUACAAGAUAGCAAUGCGAUUGCCUUUCAUGUCGCUAAUGAACAACUUAGAGGCAAAAAUGACUAUCACAAGGCUCAAAUUUUACAAUGGAUUGGUUUUGCUGAAGGAGAAAUUUUACCAGCUGCUUGUGCCUGGGUCUUUCCAAUUCUUGGAAUAAUUAAAACUAGUCCAACCUCGCAAGAGGCCUUUCACCGAGCAAAGAAUGACAUGAAAACUGCCCUGACAAUUUUGAAUGAUCAUUUAGUUACCCGCACAUAUUUGGUUGGUGAAAGAAUUACCCUUGCUGAUAUAAUUGUAGCUUGCAACCUUUUGAAUCCCUAUAAGUUUGUGCUAGAUCCUGAUUAUAGGAAACAAUUUGUGAAUGUAAAUAGAUGGUUUAAUACAUUGAUUAACCAAUCCCAGUUUAAAGCUGUGUUAGGAAAUGUCAUCCUGUGUGACAAAGUUGCUCAACCCAGUGUAAUUCAGGCACAAGGUGAUGCUGCCGAUUGUAAAAAUUUGGAUAAAAUUAUCCAAACAAAGGGUGAUAAAAGUAGUGAAAGGGUAGAAAGGCAUGAACAUUCGGAAAAAACGAAUAAAAAGAAAGCAAAGGGUAAAAAGAAGGAAGAGAAAAAACAAGAAAAGAAAGAAAAAUCCAAAAAAGAAACACCGAAGAAGGAAAAGGAAAUAACUCCAAAUGAGGACUUAGAUCCCACAGAUGAAGCUCUGGCCCUUGAACCUAAAAGCAAGGAUCCAUUUGACUCCCUUCCUAAGGGAUCUUUCAAUAUGGAUGAUUUUAAACGUUGCUACUCCAAUGAGGAUGAAGCAAAGUCAAUUCCUUAUUUCUGGGAAAAAUUCGAUCCUGAAAAUUAUUCAAUUUGGUAUGGAGAGUACAAAUAUCCUGAAGAAUUAACAAAGGUCUUUAUGAGCUGUAAUUUAAUCACUGGAAUGUUUCAACGUUUAGAUAAGAUGAGAAAGCAGGCUUUUGCAUCAGUGUGUUUGUUUGGAGAGGACAACAACAGUACCAUUUCCGGAGUAUGGGUGUGGAGAGGUCAAGAGCUUGCUUUUACCCUAAGUCCUGAUUGGCAAGUAGAUUAUGAAGUUUAUGAUUGGAAAAAAUUAGAUGUCAAUGAUCCAGAAACAAAAAAACUUGUCCAGCAAUAUUUUUCAUGGACUGGAACUGACAAAGGAGACAGAAAGUUCAACCAGGGAAAGAUCUUUAAGUAGUUAUGAAUUUGGCAACCACCAUAUGCAAUCUUUUCAUUUAACAUGUGUUAAACGAAAAAUAAAAAAUUUGUGUUCCAUUCUUUGUUUAUAUUCUCUUAUACUCUUUUUGUGAUUAUUUUUAGAACCUUGUAUGGAAAGACUGUCAUUUAUCUUACAAGCUUUUAUAAAAUCAAAUUAAAUAACUACAUCAAU